CUAGAGCUCAACAGAUGUAAGCAGCCCUGUUUUCUCUAACCGCUCAGCUGAAAUAUGGGACACCUGAAGACACAAGUAUUGAUCAUCUGCUUAUUAUUUACAUGUUACGAAGCAGAAAAAAUAAAAGCCAGAGGUAUACGCCAGAAGGAUGUUGACUACAUGGAGAAAUAUUCCAGUUGCCUCCAAGGUCCAGCAGGCACCCAGGGAAGGGAUGGAAAUCCAGGAGUGAAUGGAAUUCCAGGUACUCCCGGAAUACCGGGCCGGGAUGGUGCAAAAGGGGAUAAGGGUGAAUGUGUGACGGAGAGGUUUGAAGAGCCGUGGAAACCCAACUACAAGCAAUGUGCCUGGAACUCUCUCAACUACGGCAUUGACCUGGGCAAAAUUACAGAGUGUACGUUCACUAAGCAGCAUGCAUACAGCGCUCUCCGUGUGCUGUUCAGUGGCUCACUCAGGCUGAAGUGUAAGACAGCUUGUUGCCAGCGCUGGUACUUCACUUUUAAUGGGGCAGAAUGUGCCGCUCCGCUGCCUAUAGAGUCCAUCGUUUACCUGGACCAGGGAAGUCCAGAGUUCAACUCCACCAUCAACAUACACAGAACCACGUCAGUUGAAGGUUUAUGUGAUGGAGUUCGGAAAGGCCUGGUUGAUGUUGCGAUCUGGGUGGGAACCUGCGGCGAUUAUCCACACGGGGAUGCUUCCACCGGCUGGAAUUCUGUUUCCCGCGUGAUCAUAGAAGAGCUUCCUCCGAGCAGCUGAGUCCCUCACAGUCUUCCAGAAACUUCCCAGCACUUUCUGUGCUACUACAUUUUUAAAAUUGUAAAAUUUGAGGAUGAAUUGCUUUGUAAUACUCUUAAAAUAACAGUUCUUUAUUGACAUUGAUGGUUCCAUGAAGAACAUUUAACAUCCUUUUGAUUCCACAAAAUAUUCUUUAAGGUUCCAAAAGGUUUUUUUUUUUUUUUUUUUUUUCUCGCAGAUGCUAUAGAAGAGUCAGAUUUGGAUCCUCAAAGAAACUUUCAGUGGUCAGUUCUCAAAAGAACCAUUUUUUCUUAGUGUGAUGAACAUUUUAAUAAUCUAAAAUCAGGGGUUGUCAAAUGGGACCAUUUUACUGUUCCUACAGUUUAAAGUGAGCAGCGUAUCAAAACAGUGGAUCUGUACACACCACAAGCACUCAGUCUCAGGGUCACUUAUAAUGAUCUUUCGCUGUUAUAUCCUCUAAUAUUUUUAUGUAGGGAGCAUCAUUCAAAUCCUUUUCAGAGAUGUAAAGCACUACAAGAGCUACAUGAUGCAGGUAUUUUAACUACACUGGCAGAAACACAGUGAGCAGCACAAUAGACACUAAAACACUGCAGAAACGAGAAUGGAGAAUGCAGCAAUUAGAAUUAUUUUAUCUGUUAUACAUACUGUUUAUGACUCCGAUAAUUCAAAUAGAAAAGUAUUUGUCAAGACUUUAGUUUUUUUUUCAAUCUACAUUUAGCAUUUUAUAAAAACAUUGGGAUCUUACCUUUUAAUAUUCAUAUCCAAUCCUUUUUUUUUUUAAGGCACUGCUGCUUUGGCUAUUAUGGCCGAAUAACGUUAUCUUUGAUGACUAUUUUUACUGUUUAUUAUUAUUAUUAUUAUUAUAUAAAUGCCAAUAAAGAACCUUUACGUUUAAGGGUGUAGUGGACAAAAUGUUCAUUCGAUGAGUAAAAUGUAAUUCACACUAAGAAAAAAAUGGUUCUUUUAAGAACUGUUCACUGAAAGGUUCUUUGGGAAACCAAAAACUGUUCUUCUGUGGCACUGCAGCAAGCAAAAAAAAUAAAAUAAAAACCCUUCGUAACUUUAAUUUCCUUCCGACCUUGAUUUAUUUCUAAGAAGUGCUUCGGCAGCAUUUGUUUGCAGAUGCCACUUGGUUUGAUAUUUUGUGACAUUUAAGUAUAGUGAAGUCUAACAGCCCUCUCUUGAUGUCUACCUCUACAAACAAGGGCUGAAUCAAUCACAUAACCUUGUACUGGAGUGACAGACUCUUACAACUACAGUAAAAGUAAGUUUGUAAGUAAUUAUGUUUAACAAUUUGAGUCUGGACAGGAACUGUAAAAUACAUUUUAUUGGAUCUUUUUUUUUUUUUUUUUUUUUAAGAACUCCUCUCUUGGGUACAUGUUCUUCAAAGAGCAUUAGUUAUUAACCUAUGAGCAUAACAGAUUUUAAGGCCAGGAAUUUGAGCUCAUUAACACAAAUGUCAGCAAUAAGCCAGAAAUGUCAGAUUCAGUGAAUCUGUGUGUGCGCUUGUGAUUUGAGGAAUAAAGCCUGAGGUUUGGUUUAGUCAUUGCACAGAAUACAUACAGCAGCAAUGCAACAUGGAUGUAAACAAAGUAGACUUAUAGCCAUAAAACAGUUUUACCAUUGAUGAAUUACCAUUGGGCAAUAUAGAAAAACCAAAUGUGUCUCUAUUUUACUUCUGACAAUAUUUGCAAUACAAUAGAUCUCAAAAUGUAUGUAUUUGGUCUGAAAUGGCAGAAAAGACAUUCAUAAUGUUACAGUAGAUUCCUAUUUCAAUAAAUGCUGUUCUUUUGAACCUUCUAUUCAUCAAAGAAUCUUGAAACACA